GAUGGCAAGGUUUUUUUCCUUUCUUUCCUCUUCCUGAAACGGCCUCGGCGUUGUCAUCUUUAUAUCAAGCUUUGGUCUCUGUGCCAACUUUUCCUUCCCCCUUCUUCUUCCUCCUCCUUCUCCUAUAUUUGUGUGCAUUCAGAACGAGCCAGCAUUCGUCGGCUCAGAAACUUCAGUUCCUGGGCGGACCCCACACACUCACACAGCUGGAUUUGAAACAGCUGGAUCUGUCUCCCUUUCACUUUUAGCGAGGAGCCCCACAAGCCCUGGACAGGCUGGCUGGCGGAGGAUGAACCGAGUAGCACAGCAAAACUGGGAUUUGGUUGCUGGCAAGAUCCAGAAAAUGGGUUACUGGAGGAGGCUUCCUCAGCUUCUGCUAUUGCUGCUUCAGUUCCUAUGCACCAGCCAAGCUGGAAGGAAUGUGAACAGCAAUGUCUGCAAGUGGUGUGACAAUACCUACCCCAUCUGCGAAAAUCAGGUGUGCUACACCAACUGUAAUUUUAGCUCCUAUUGUGAAAAACCAGAAGAAAUCUGUGUUUCUCUAUGCCCCGUAGGAUACUCCAUGCUACACAGCAAGGAAAUUAUCCCUGUAGCAGCCAUCAGCCUGCUGCCCCCACUGUUGGUGGCUAUCAUGAUCACCGUGAUAUUCUAUCUCUGCCGAACCCAUCGGCAGAAGAAGCUGUCCAAGCAGUGGGCCCAGAAACACACUCCGUGCCGUGAGCGGCCUGAAUCCAGCAGGGCCCCCACUUACAAUGAGAUCCUGUCCGUCAAAAUAGAUCAUCAUUCUGCUCUCCACCCGGCCUGCGCCGGCAACCUCAACCGUAUCAACGAACUCCUGCCGGUUGAGUUGGAAGAAAGAGUGGGAAAGGGGCAGUUUGCGGAAGUCUGGAAAGCCAAACUAAAGCAUGCAUCUUCGGGCAAGUAUGAGAUGGUGGCCGUGAAGAUUUUCCCUUGUGAGGAAUUUGCAUCCUGGAAAAAUGAAAGCCAGAUCUUCACGGAUGCCAACCUGAAGCACUGCAGCAUCCUUCGGUUCCUUUCCUCAGAGGAGAGACACUCUGGACUUCAGAAAGAAUACUGGCUGAUCACUGCCUAUCACAGCCAAGGCAAUCUUAAGGAUUACCUGUCCAGGAAUAUUCUCAGCUGGAGGGACUUGCAAAAGAUGGCAGGUUCCCUCGUGAGUGGGGUGACCCACUUGCACAGUGACUACACUGCCGGUGGCAGUCCAAAAAUUCCCAUUGCACACCGGGAUAUCAAAAGCACAAAUGUUCUCAUUAAGAACCAUCAAGAAUGUGUGCUCUGUGAUUUCGGAAUCGCUUUGCGGCUGGAUCCAUCUUUAAGUGUGGGAGAUUUUGCUAAUAGCGGACAGGUGGGUACUGCCAGAUACAUGGCUCCGGAGGUUUUGGAAUCCAGAGUGAACCUUGAAGAUCUGGAAUCCUUUAAACAAAUGGAUGUCUAUUCCAUGGCUCUGGUUUUAUGGGAGAUAGCGUCCAGGUGUGAUGUUAUAGGAGAGGUGAAGAAUUACGAACCACCCUUUGGAUCAAAGGUCCGAGAGCGACCUUGUAUGGAAGUUAUGAGAGACAUUGUGCUGUAUGGUCGAGAACGACCAGAGAUACCAACAAACUGGUUGGCCCACCAGGGGAUGCAUUUUCUGUGUGACACCAUCACAGAAUGCUGGGAUCAUGACCCCGAAGCUAGACUUACAGCCCAUUGUGUUGCAGAGCGAUUCAACUUGAUGGAACAAACAGAUUGUGAUGACAUUCUCAACAACAACAACAUCAACAACGAAGCAAACAAAAUGGAUUGUUCAAGAGAUGAGAACCAAAAUAAUGACAGGAACAUCCAAUGACUAGAGAAAUAAAAGCAGGACAGAACCACCAAAAAGGCAUGUCUUCCAAGAAAUAUCAGCCCCAUCAUUUAGUCUCCUGGACAGAUUAAAAAAAAUGUGUAAGACCCAUUUAUAUUAGAUUAUAUUAAGGUUUCCUUCAACACAGAAUAUUAAUCAUUUAAUACUUUUUAAAAAUGUACAGUGAAAUGCAACAGGGCUCCAAGAAUGAAUUGCUCUGCUAAUUACACAUCAGCAGAAAAGUGGAAAGUGGUACUAUAAGGGCAUAGGUAAACUUUGCUGUGUGAAUAAAGACCACUCAUGCUAAAGCAGAUACAUUAAUACACAAGGCAUUUGUUUUCGCAUUUAAAACAUUUUU